AUGCCUGCCCCAGCGGCACCCGCCGCCGCAGGCGGGAGCGAGUCGGAUGCCGCGAAGCUCGCCGUCUGGAAAGAAGCCCUCUACGAACGGUGCAAAGAAGCUGGCCCGGGCAACGACUUGUUCUCGCAAGAUGACUUGCUGCGGCUGGACGUCAUCCCCAACAAGGACCUGCUGCUGCUGGCGCGGGUGGUGCAGUCGCUCAGCGACGACAAGCUGUUCAUCACCAUGAGGGAGGCGAGCGGGCAGGUUCUCUGGAAAUGGCGAGAUGCGCAAGAAGCUCACAAAUACAAGCAAUGCUCAACCGACGAGCAAGUCAUGGUGUAUUCGCUCAUCGACGACUCCGGCGGCGACGGAAUAUGGUCGCAGACGUUGCAGAAACGGCUCAACAUGCACGACAGCGUGCUCAAAAACGCCAUCAAGCAGCUGCAGGCCAAGGGUCUCAUCGCGCCCUUCAAAAACGUCGAACACCCCAAUAAAAAGAUGUACAUAAAGGCGUCGAUCCGGCCCAGCGACCGCGCCACCGGAGGCCCGUGGUACACGGACCAGAAUCUCGACGAGGCCUUCAUCGAGGAACUGCAGCGCGUGGUGUUCGACUUCGUCAAGCGACAGAGCGGAUACCGUAGCACCCAUAGCAGCGGCGGCGCCAGCGCCAGAAGCCAAGUGCCUACAAAGGGUGUCAUCAAGGGCACCGCUGCAGACAAGGGCAAGAAGCGCGACGCAAGCGAGAUGAGUAAACCCCCCGCCAAGGCAGUCAAGGCCUCUGCAGGUGCGACUCCAAGGCGAGAAGCAGCCCUGUUGCCUCUUCCUGCGGGCUAUACGGCGUAUCCAACGGUUCGAGAUAUCGCCCGCCUCUUGUCUAGUAGCGGUAUUACGAAUAAUACGAUCUUGUCGGAGGAAGAUGUUAAGAAGCUUGUGGAUGUGUUAGUGUGGGAUAACCUCAUUGAACCCAUUAAGAUUGCUGGUCGAAUGGGGUACCGUGUCUGCAGAGUCGCAAAGCAAUCGCCUCAAAAUUGGGCAGGGAGAGAAGAUCCUACAGGGCGAGGUGGCGACCCAGAGCCUUAUCUCAGCCCUUAUACGGAAGCGCCCUGCGGGAAAUGUCCUGUUUUCGAGCUCUGCGAGGAAGGGGGGCCUGUGGGACCUAGCAAUUGCGAAUAUUUCAAGAGAUGGCUAGGGUCGGAUGUGAUCUAG